GUUUUGCAACACUUAAAGAUUCGACGCCGUUUACAAAAUCUUCAAACGAGGAAAAUCCGAAUUUUCCGAAUAUUUGGACUCUGAAAACCCGUCUUUCCCGCUCGAGCAGCCCGGGAUUUUUCAAUCGACUCGAAAAAGCGUUAGAGGAGAUCGAACAAUGUCUAUGUGGUAAAUAGAAUUGAUUCGUGUGAUAUAUGUGCGCAAAGAUCAUGAAACGCAAGAAGUCGAGUUCGUCGUCUUCGUCGUCGGCGGAGGAGAAGGAGGAGGAGGAGAAAAAGGAGGAGGUCCCGCCAACGCAGCGACAACGAUGUCCCUUUCCUGUUCCCCGGGGCACGGCAGUUCGUCGGAUUUCGCUCAACGAUUAUCUGAUAUUGGUUCACCAGUUGAUGAUCGAUCAAAGUGCCCAGGAUUGGCAUAAACGUAACGUCAAAAUGCUGGUGAUCCGCGGCGAAUGUGGUCCGCAGCACGUCAUCACCUUCAAAUUGCCCGGUUCGUCCUGCACGGUCCACGAUAUCCUCGAACAGUUGGGCGUGCAGUUCGAUGAGACGACCACGAUCGAUUGCCUAGAAAAUCCCGGUGGCAACAUCCAUGUGGUCGUCUCCGUGGGCUUCAUCAUGAAAGCGCCAGCUGGCGAAAUGGCUUCCCAGGCGGAGGAGAUGUACAACGAGAUGGUCGAGAUGAAAAAGCUGGCUCCCAGUGAUCCCAAGAGGCUAAAGCUGGAGGAAACGACCGGAAAACUGGCGUUUUCGAACGGCACCCAGAAGAAUUGGCAAGCUGACAGCACACCUCAAUGGUGGAAGCGCGAGGAGCCCAGCGCUACAGUUGAAGAAACCGCUUGUCCAAGGGAAAGCAAUCUAUUCCAGCGGUUAUUCUGGAGAACUCCAUCCCCAGGACGAAUUGAUGGUGCCACCAAGCAGCUGGAACCCCAAGGAACUUCGGCCACCGCCUCGUCGCCAGCGAAACCUAGUGUAGUUGAGCCAACCAAAUCCUUGCCAGAUGCUUGUCCGUUUAGCAGACUCACGCAAACGCUCGAGGAGCAGGCGGAAAAGCGAAGACUGCGAAGGAAUCGCAGGUACCUACUCAGUCAGGACUUCGACGAUGCGCCCGUGGUGCUCCUGAGCAGCGAGGACGAGGAGCCAACCACCGAUGAGGGUUUGUCGGAGACGGGGGAUGGAUCACAGGGACUCGAGGGAAAUGCUCCGUCAGUGGACAAAAAGCCACGGCAACUGUCCGCCGACGAGGACUUGACCCUGUUGAGGUAUCCCCCGACGGGCACCGGCGGUCUGUGCAUCAGCAUGAAGGACUAUAUGUGCCUCAGUCGCAGCACCUAUCUGAACGAUAUCAUAAUCGACUUCUACCUGCUGUGGCUGAAGAACACGGUGAUACCAGAGGCUCAGCGCGAUAGGACGCAUAUAUUUAGCACCUUCUUCCACAAGAGAUUGACCACGUUGUCGCGUCCGAUGAACAUGAAACAGACGGCGGCUCAGAAACGCCACGAAAGGGUGCAGAAAUGGACCCGAUCGGUGGAUAUCUUCGACAAGGACUUUAUCAUCAUACCCUUCAACGAUCAGGCCCAUUGGAUUCUCGCCAUAAUAUGCUUUCCCAGCUUACCGGGUCCCAUUCCAUAUGAUGAUGGCCAGUUAUCUGGCGAUGAUGACCCGAUCAAGCAGCCAGUGAUUCUCAUUUUCGAUUCCUUUCCGGGCGUGUCACGUAACCGCGUAAUGGUCAUACUCCGGGAUUAUCUCACCUGCGAGUAUCGGGCCAAGAAACCGAAUGCGGAACCGCGUGUCUUCAACAAGAUUAACAUGCCGGGACAUCGAGUGAAGGUUCCCCAGCAGGAGAAUCUUACCGAUUGCGGUCUCUAUCUGCUGCAAUAUGUCGAGCAGUUCUUCACCAAACCGAUCAGAGACUACAGACUGCCCAUCAAUGAGCUGAGCAAUUGGUUUGACUUGCUGACGGUCACCAAGAAACGCGAGGAUAUCGCCAAUCUCAUUCAGCGUCUGAUGGACGAGAACACGCAGCAUCAACAGCGCAAAAUCUUACCGGUCAUCGAGUUUCCCACACGAAAUGGUCAAAUGGUGGAGGACUGACCCUGGGAACAUGUUUGAUGGGUGGCGGCACGCCCUUAAAAACGAGUAUAAUGCUAGCUUUGUUAAACAAAGUCUUUAAGAACUACCAAAUCUAUCAGCAUUACCCAUGUAUACCUAAGAUAUUACCAAAUUAUAUAGUGAAUAACAGAUGCCAACUUCAAAAGUCCGAGGGCAUUUCUCAUCGGCUUUAUGCUCGUUUUUAGAAAAAAAAACCUUUUGCCCAAGGACUGCUCAAGCGACACGCAAGACAACUGAGAAGAAAAGCACAAAUUCGGAUGGAUAGUAAGUCUUAACUAGUUAAUUUUGCUUCGCGGAAAAGAGCAUUCUUUAUAUAGGCUGAAUUGUUUAACAAGAGCAUUAAAAGGGAUUCCCUUUUCCGGUUCACAAAUUCUUUUAAAUAAGAUUACCAAGGUUUAGAAGUCAGAGGGAAAUGGUUAAGGGGCCAAUAAAGGUCACCAGGAGAUGGGUCACAAUGAAAAGAAAAGUAAUCAGUGAAGUUGGAGUCACCAAAAGAAAAAAAGAGCUUACAUAAAACAUAGGGAAGGCCACCGGAAGGUCUAGAAAGUCACAAAAAAAGGAAAUGGUCACCAAAAGAAAAAGGAUUAGGAUCACCAAUAUAA